UGUUUUCUCGAGACAUCAAAGAAGUGUCAAGUGCAAAAAAAUAUUUAGGCAGACAACACUACAACUGAUAUUUAGUAACGUUCACUGUGAGCAAGAGCUCGUUCAUUAGGAAACAUUUAAAGGAACGCGACAGCCUUUUAUUCCAGGCGAAAUGCAUCUUCGAUCUACAUGGUGUGCAAUUGUUCUUCUGGCCAUUGGUGUUCCCGGGCACGCCACUGUUACCAACUUCACUGAGACGAGUUACGACAUGGGUGAAGAAGCGCAGAAAAUUGGUCAAGUUAUGAAGGAGUUCAGUAGAAGGAUGAUGGUCGUCCUUCGAAACCAGUCAAACGUUGACGAUGAGGAGCUCUGUGGCAAGUAUAAGGACAUCAUUACCGAGGCCCUCGAUGCUGUAAAAGACCUCGAUCCCUUCGAACCUGGAAAGAUGCAGCAGGCGCGCGACGCCAUAGAAGCCAUCCUUCUAAGAAAUCAAAACAGGACUGCCUUCGAGGACAUGAACCGUUUCGGUGCUUUCAUGAAGGUUCUCGGAGAUGACAUCACUGACAUCGGCCAGCAGUUUAUCGACCGAGGCAUCCAACUGUGCGGAAACAUUGUAAUCGAAGAUGGACUGACAGACUUUGAGAAGAACAACUUUGAGCACUGCGCCAACGUCUUCAAACUGAGCUCAAUGCAAAACUGGAAAGAAUAAAGUUCAUCAUAGUGGAUAAAUUUUUCUAAAAUACCAAGGAUGUACCUCUGGUGCGCGGAAAAAGAAAUCACAUUGAGCUUGAUAGAUCCUUCGUGAUUGCAUGUUUUGGUCACGUAUGUGAUAGUAGCACAAAGAUAUGUUCCGCUGCAUAGCGAAAAACAUAAGAUUCAGUCUUCUAGGUCCUGCGUGGCUAGACGUUCUGAUCAAGUGCAUAAGAGCCAAACAUAUGGCAUAC